CCAAUUUUAGAUGUUUUGCUCGAUGAUGGUUAGCUAUGAUCAUGCAGCAGCAGCAAACAAUUGCCAAACAGCCAUCAUCUCCGCGCGAAACAAGAGGCACUCAAUCGCUGUUUGCGGCACUUCUCAGAUCGUGCAACACUUCCAAGGACCUUGCCAGGGGAAGAAACGUCCACUCGCAGAUCCAGGCAACGAGCUUCCGCAGCGACAAGUAUCUCGCAAAUCUGGUCAUCCAGAUGUACGGGAAGUGCGGUAGCAUGGGCGAUGCACGCAGUGUGUUUGACAACCUCGAGCAGCCGGAUCUCUUCUCGUGGAAUAUCAUCGUCACCGCGUAUGCCCAAAAUGGGUAUCUAUACGAGGCAAAGAUGGCGUUUGACAAAAUGCCUGAGAAGGACGUUGUUUCUUGGAAUGCAAUUCUUACUGCGUUCUCGCAAAACGGGAAUCUAGAUGGAGCUUGGAACGUCUUUUGCUUGAUGCCCACCAAGAACGUUGUCUCGUGGAACGCUAUGCUUACAGCAUAUGCCCAAAGAGGGCAGCUUGAUAAGGCCGAGCAACUCUUUCAAAAGAUGCCAGAAAAGAAUGGAAUCUCCUACACCGCAAUGCUCCAGGCUUAUGGAGAAAAGGGGUAUCUGGAAGAAGCUCAAUCCAUGUUUGAGAAGAUCAAUAAGCCCAACGUUGUGUCUUGGACCACUCUACUUCAAGCAUAUGCCCAAAACGGGCAUCUUGAAGGAGCAAAGAGGAUCUUUGACUUGAUCCCCGAGAGGAACGUCGUGUCCUGGACAACAAUGGUGGUGGCGUACGCGGACCAUGGGAAGCACGAGGAAGCAAAGUUUUUGUUUGACAGGAUGCCAACGAGAGACAUGGUGGCCUGGAAUGCGAUGAUCCAAGCUUACGCCCGGAACGGGCAACUCGAGCAAGCCAAGCAGAUGUUUGACGCCAUGCCCGAGAGGAACGUCGUGUCUUGGACGUCCAUGCUUCAACUCUACGCUUCCAGCGGCCACUUCCAAGGCGCGUCCACCAUGUACAAAUCCAUGCCCGAGAGGAACUUGGUCGCUUGGAACUCGCUCAUCUCGGCCUAUGGACAAAGCGGCAACUUAGAGACCGCAAAAGCAACGUUUGAUAGCAUGAAAGAAAGGAACACCAUCUCGUGGACGGCAAUGCUGCAAGCGUAUGCGCAAAACGGUCAACUGGAGGGAGCAAAAACGAUGUUUGAUGGCAUGCCCGAGAGGGACUCGGUGUCGUGGGUGAUCAUGCUCCAAGCCUACGCACAAAAGGGAAGCUUGGAAUCGGCCAAGAAGCUCUUCCAAACCAUGCCCGAGAAGAACAUGGUUUCCUGGACGGCCUUCCUCUCGGCGUGUGCCGAGAACGGGGAUCUGGAAGCCACCAAGGCCACCUUCGAUCGGAUGCCAGAGCGAAACGUUGUAAGCUGGACGACGAUGCUGCAAGCAUACGCUCGCGCCGGUGAUCUGGAGUUCGCGAGGAGCGUCUUCGAUUCAAUGCCGCAGAGAAACCUCGUGUCGUGGACGACGAUGCUGCAAGCUUACGCGCAAGAAGGCCAUGUCGACGAGGCCAAGGCUCUCUUUGACGUGAUCCCGGAGCAAAACUCCGUGUCGUGCACGAGCAUGCUCCAGGCUUACGCUCAAAACGGCAACCUCGCCGCUGCGAAGUUCAUGUUUGAUCGACUGUGUCCCGAGCGCGACUUUGUCUCCUGGAUCGUCAUCCUCCAAGCGUUCAUCCAGUAUGGCGAUCUGGAGCAAGCCAGAGAUCUCUUCGAGAUGCUACCGAGCCUGGAGAUGGUGGUGUGGAGCGCCAUGAGCGCGGCCUACGCGACCGCUGGCCGCGGCAGAGAAUCGCUCGACUUCUUCUACCGGAUGCUUCUCCACGGCGAACGAGCCGACGAGAUCUCACUCACGAGCUUGCUGGUGGCUUGCAACCACAUCGGAGUUCUCCACCGCAGCGUCACGGGCUUCCAGUCCAUCCGGUUUGAUCACGGCCUGGCGCCGCUGCUGGAGCACUAUGGCUGCCUGGUGGGAGCUCUAGCUCGAGCCGGGCAGCUCCAGUUCGCGGAGGAGCUUGUAGAAACCAUGCCUUUCGAGGCUGACGAUAAGGUGUGGGGUUCUUUGCUGAGUGCUUGUAGGACGCAGCACGACGCCGGUCGUGGAGCCCGAGUCGCGGAGAAUGUGUUCAAGCUGGAUCCCGCGAGCGAUGCCGCGCACGUUAUGCUAUCCAACAUCUACGCAGCGAGAUAAAAAGGCCGAGAUUAUCAAUCCAGCUUAAGAAAAGCUGGCAGACGUGAUCACGCGAGCUCGCGAUCGAAGAAUAGUGGAAAUGAAAGUGUCUCGUGGAUUGCUACUCACGGAUUGGAGAGAGAGAUAUUGUAGUGUGGAUCCCUCAAUCCACUCGCGAAAAUUUUUUCCGACUCAUGAAAGCUCCCGUCUCGAUCCAUCGAUUCUGGAUUUGUAUCAUAUUCGUGAUGAGCAAGUUCUCCUUUUGUCA